AUGAGGCGGGCUGCUUUGCUGCUGCAAUGCGCAGCAACUGCAGUACUAGCAGGAGCCGAACCACCGGUUGGAGGGUUCUUGAGUUUGUUUUAUUUCAAAUUCCUCGUUUUCAGCUUCGUGGAGGCCAACAAUUUGCCGUCUUCAUCUUUUCAGUCACCAAUCAAUGCCAUUUUCAGCAGCAGCAGCAGCGGCAGCAGCCCUGCCAGCUUGGAGGCAGGCCACAGCAGAACGUUUGGUGUCAGCAGCAGCUUCAGCAGCAGCCUCAUUGACAGCAGCAGCAGCACCGGCACAGCCGAAAGCACAGUCUCCAGCAGCACUGACAGCACAGCAACUACCAGCACCACUACGACGAGCACCAGCACCACUACCAUCAGCGGCAGCACCAGCAGCACCAGCGCCGGCAGCACUGGCAGCAGCAGCACAACAACAGCUGCCCCGCAGCAGGCGUUGUCAGAUGAAGAGCGCAUAGCGCAGUUGAUUGCCGAGGACACUCCGAAGUUAGAUUGGUCUAUAACAGAGGGCUGGACUCUGCCUGAAAACAACAUUUACCGAAACUAUCUGUGCCGGUUCUCAGCCCUCAGCGCUCCUUGCUGGGAUUCAAUUGGCCUCUACGGCAGCAAACAGUUCAAGGGCUGGCCAGUGCCCCUGUACUGCCCGCCUGGGAACUGCUGCGCCUCCGACGUAGAUGAACUCAUUUGUAUGAGUUCCUGCACGGGGGGGGGCUGGGCCGUCAUGAGUUCGUCGGAGUGCAAUUGCAGCAAACAUCAACACAAGUGCCCUCAAAACACUGUCUGCGACGAACAAGACACUGGCAACUACGGCGGCGUCUACUGCCGCUGCAAAGACGGCUACGUCGGCGACGGGGUCACCUGCUACCCCGACCCCUGUGCGGACUCCACCAAAAAUAAGUGUUCUCCAGGAACCUGCAAGAGCAGGCCAAACGGCAGCGCCUACUGCAAGUGCCCCGAAGGGUACACCUGGGACGGGACAGAUCCCUACAAACCCACAUGCGCGUUUGCUAGCAUGUGCGACGGGGAUCCUUGCGGGCCCCCCGAAGCUGUACUGGAGUGCAGGACUGACAAGGCCUUUGAGUACACCUGUGUUUGCCGCCCGGGGUACGAAUUCGGCACUGAGGGCACGGUAAAGAAGUGUAUCGCUGCACAAGCCACGGUAACCUGCGCCGACGAACCCUGCGGCACGGAAGGACUGCUGUCGUGCACAGACACCGCAGAAGGCCCGGAAUGUGUGUGUGACAAGCACUACAGACUGGUGACCGAGCAGCGGAAAAAACGGUGCAUCUUCUCUCCCUGUGAAUUCGAUCCCUGUGGGGAUUCCACCGCAGCUAAGAGCUGCGAGCCCGGAAUUUCGACCUACACUUGCGUCUGCAACAAAAACUACAAGCUGGACACUAUCGACGGCCAGCCGAAGUGUGUGGAGGACACGGUCGAUCUUAUCCCUUUCAUCAUAGGGGCAGCAGUUGUGGGCGUGCUGCUGCUGAUAACUCUCAUCAGCUGCUUCGUCUUGCGGAGACGAAUGCUCAGCCGCAACGCGUUCGAGGCCUACGCACAAGACAACCUCGAAGUGUCCAUGGGGGCACACCAAGAUGGCAUCAACGUAAGUUCCAGCGCGUGGAUGUAG